GUAGCUUUUAAAAGGUAAAGCUAAUGAAACUUUUCUGUCUCUUGCAUAUAAGUACAAGUACAUAAACACAAAGUACAUAUAUGAAAAUUUUGCAACCUGUAUCAGAGAAUUCAGAAAAUAUUUAAGCUCAUUCAGGAACCUAUAUAAGCGUUAUGGGUUCAUGAAUUCUAUAAUUCACACGAAGUAUUUUCCUAAAUCCUCAGAGUUAAAUUUUCUAAAGUCAAGAAGUAUUUAACUGAUAACUUAUAGCUUACAGUGACAUUCCUAGUUGUCAUACUGAAACAAGUCUGGAUUUUAUUCUACAACUAAAGAACAUGUAAAUGAUGAAUAAAUCUUUCAUAAUUUUAAAGAAUGAAAUCAAGUGUAUUUCAAAUAAAUGCAGAUACAUAAUGUGGGAGAUAUCAUGUCUUCUCUAAAAUGUUUCUAAAGCUGUAGUCAACAUUGUAAUAAUUGCAGAUAUGCAAGUGUAUCUGCUUAAUACAAUGAAAGAUUUUUAUAAAUAAUUUUAUCAAUUAAACAUGAGUAUAAAUUAAAUACAGAAAGGGGAAAAUACUGAUAUGUGUGUAAGGUUAGGACUUCUUGAUGAAGAAAUUUACUAAAUCUCUGUUCAUUAGAACUAUAUCUAACUUUUCUUAUAAUUUUUUUAAAUGUCGUAUUUAUUUCUUUUAUUGGUAUAUUUAUUUUAUGUAAUUAUGUAUAUAUAACUUUAGUAUAUAGAAUUAAUACAUACAUAUAUGUAUUAUGUACAUACCUAUAUACAUAUGUUAUCUACAUAAUUUCAUAACAGUUGUUAGUGUUAUCUUAGUUUCUUGAAAUGGAUUAGACUAUUAAAGACCAAGGAGACAUCAAUCCAAAACCAUAAUAGCACAAGGUCCACUGCAUACUCAUAACAGAAUACAGUGCAGUGACUUGAUGUUUAAUGGAAUAUUUUAAAACAUAAAUUUUAUGCUUGACCCUUAACGUUUUCAAACCCCAUUGUCCUCCCAUUAGAUGUCUCAAAACUUGGAAAACUGCCUUAACGUAGCACAGUGACGCUCUUUUGUGAUGUGGGCAGGGAAUUCCAGGCAUGCCCUUGCCACCUCCAUGCCAAGGAAAACUGUAGUCUCUGGUUGCCUGUGGUUAGGGAACUGAGCAAAAAGGUCAUUUUUUUAUCACAAGGAUAUGUAGGGAUUGUUCAUUCAUUCACUGAUUCGUUACACAUUUAUUCAACAUCUGCCAUGUACCAGGGUUUAUAGGAUUUUUUCAUUGGCUAAUUUUUGGAAGAAAAUUGCCAGGCCUUUCUUCCUAGUCUGUUUUAGUAUAGAAGCUCUGCUGAAACCUGCCCACCGUGAGUGACCCUAAUGGUAUUUGAAAUACCAGUGACAUAGCUUCCAGCAUCAUAGCAAGCCUUCACAGUACUAAAAACUGACAGGCAGGUAGUAGUCUGUUAUACCCAAGAUCACCAAGAGUUAGAGUGACUCAAAGGUAACUAACAACCUUGUGCUAGAGGCCCUUAGGAAGCUUAGAGUUGACAUAAGAGAGAGAUAAGUAAAUACAUACAGUAAAGGGCUUAAAGUACCUCUGGAGAGGGCACAUCACAAAGGAGGUAGAGGUCUACGUAGAUCCUUAGUGGGAAUCAGAAGUUGCAGAUGCCCAGGAAAAGGCUGAUGAAAAAGUUGAAGCUUAAAGUGAACCUUCCGCUAAGAAGAGAUUGCUGCACCAGUAAAGACACAAGUGUGAGACCUUAAGAAGUUAUUCUGCCUAGUGAGGGUUGAAUACAAGCAAGGACUUCGUGAUCAGACAGACGUGGGUUUGUUUCUGGCUCUACCAUUUGUGGUAUCCCUAGCCAAGUUACUCAACCUUGCUAAACCUUAGUUUCCUCAUCUAUAAAAUGAGGAUGGUAAUAAUACCUCUCUCAAAGGGUUGUUAUUUAUUGGACAUCAAUUUAUGUACCAGGCACUUUUUUAGGAGUUGAGAACCCAGCAAUGAACACAAAAAACCAAAGUCUGUUUGAGGAGAGUAGGACUAGGUCAUGAAGGUAUGCUGUGAGUUAACAGACACAGGCAAAAUGGCCAGGCUAGCAAGUUGUUAAGACCCAGCACUCCAUUUACCUGAAAAGAAAUACAUGCUAAGAAUAAGAAUUGUUUUAGGUGAACAGAUUAAGAAUGUUUUUGUAUUUCCUGGAUGCAAACAACUUUUUCUAAUUGUGUUUUGCUGUUUUUUCUGCCAUCUCUUGAAUAGGCCAACUUUUUUCUGUUUAAAUUUUGCAUUUAGUUUCCCAUCCCUUUGAUUUUUUUCCUCUUCCUUCAUGCUCACUACUCAACCUUAAAACUUGCCGGUAAAUGUGUACUUGUAUUUUGGCUAGUGACUGUUAGCAUUGAUAUUAAGACCUGCAGAUUAAGUAGCCUUUGUAGUAAUAAUGCAGAUUGUAAGCAUAAAGGAGUGACUCUACUCACCUAUCAGAUAUUGUAUGUUGAAUUUACUGUCCUUUGUGCUAGAAAUAGGGUCUAUUCUGAAAGAUUCUAGAAUUUAUAUUUUUAAGGCUAUAAAAUUGACUAAAUGAAUUAGACUACACAUCAAAAAGUGUUCCAGAGGAGGUUAGGGAAAUGAUAUCAAGUGUUCAGCUUGAGGUAUGAUAUUUAAGGAAAGAUCAAUAUUUUUAAGCAAUUCUCACUGGAAUAUUGUUGAAAAUCAUAUUUUAUUGCAUAAGUAUGAUUCUAAAGUAUUGUUAUCAAAUCUUUUGAAAAAAUGAUUAAGUAUGUAGAAGAGGUAGCCUGGCAUGAAUUUAACUUCAGAAUUGAAAAUAAUUUUUGUAUCCAGGGUAGUCCGAGAUUUUGAGUGUCAUAUAUAAUAAGACUUCUUUGUGUGUGUCAGGGGUCAUGUAACAAAUACUGCUGACAUUAUUAGGCUGCUAAGUUAAAGAAGCUGGUUUGGAUUCCUGCACUAACCACUUUCUUCAGUAUAUGUUGGGCAAGUUGAGAAUUUCCUAGGGAAAAUAUUUUGCAUUUUGUUUGAGAUUUUACAUGUAUAUUCAUUAAUCUGUCUCUUAAAGGAGAACUAAAUUGACAGGAUGUUUGUGUUUUUGUAUUUGCUUCUUUUUGUUUAACUAAACUCUUUAUGUUUCACUUGAAUGAUUAGAUGUGCUUACAUGAGAAUCUAUAUCUUUAUAACCAGAUUAUUUCUUAGAGAGUCCCCUUCAUGCUAAAAUAUGACCCCCAAGUUAUUACCAAAAUAUAUGGGAAGUUGAUUGAUUCUAAUACAGAGUGGUUAUGAAAAUUCUAAGAAUGUUUUCAGGGACCAUAACCAGACUUUAAUUUAGAUCUCAGCGAUAGCCUCCACUGUUGUGUUCCCUACUGUGUUGUCCUUCCUGUAUAAAGGUUGCUCUACUUUGUGACCAAAUGUGUGCCUUUGUACAUAAGGGGUGAGGUAUAUGUGACUGUGGAACAGUGUUCUACUGUUCUGAGCUGACGGUUCAAGGAGCCAGUCAGCGUCAUUGGCUAUGCUAGCACUUUUUUAUGUUAUACUUUUGUGUGGAAAAUGCAAGCAAGUGGCAUUACUUGUUGUUCGCUUACUUAGCAUGCUGUUCUAACUGAACAACAAAUAAUGCCAUUUGCUUACAUUUUCCACAUAAAAGUACAACAUUGCCUUACAUUUUUAUCAAGAUUAUUUUUUGCAUAUCUAUAUAUUUUUGUCUGCAUUUUCUCAUUUGAUCUUUUCACAGUCUUUUGAGGUGAGUGGACUGUUUGCUUUACAGAUGAUUAAACUGAGAUUCGCUGAGGUUAAAUGACUUACCCAAAUUCUGUUAGAAUUUCUCUUGAUUUUUAGAGGGGAAAUUUUAAUGUUUCCUUUGGGCAAGAGGGAAAAUCUUACCUGGGAUUUUUAAAAAUGUAAAGCCUUAUCUUACAGUUGACAAAUUAAAGACCAGAGAAGUUAAGUGACAUGCUUAAGGUCACCUAAUAAAUUAGUGGUGGAACUUGGACCAAAACCCAGUCCAGUGCUUUCUCCCCUGUGCUGUGCUACCUCCAAUCAGUCAGUCAGAUCUUUGAGCAUCUCCUGUGCAUCAUCAUGUUGCAGUGUACUGUGAGAGAUCAGUGUGCAAAAGAAUUUGAAGAUGGUCCCUAUCAUCAAAGAACUCAGAGUGAAAUUGAGGUGAGAAAAACUACCACAUAGAGAAUAAUUGUUAAAAUGUGUAGUACUGACUCUUCAAGAGUUCUCUGAAGGAAAUGAUCAAUGGGGAAUGGAAGAGUUGAGUAUGAUUCAUGGGAAAAGGAGAAGUUUAUCUGAGGUUUGAAGGACUGGUUGCUUCUCCAUAGAUGGAGGGAAGACAGGCCAAGUAGAGUUCCGAAGAUAAGAUAGUGAGGAGAACAGCUAAUUGGAAUGGAUUUGGGAGAAGAAAAUAAAGUUGGGAAGAUAGAUUGGAGCCAGAUUAUGGAAUGCCUUGAAAGCCAGCCAGAGGAAUUUGGACAUUUUUCAUUCUGUCAGGCAGACUUUAUUAAGCACCUACUGCAAGUAAGGUGUUGUAGUACAUGCUGGGAAUUCGAAAUUGAGAGUAAUCCCUGCCCUUUAGGUAGUAAGGAAACAAUUAUUUCAGUGCUUUAAUAGAAGUGAGAACAUGGCGCCCUGGAAGCAGAGGUAGAAGUACAAAGGAGAUAACAUGUCAAAGCAAGAAAGUGGUAAGUAGUGAUGUGUUGAAAGAAGUAAUUCAGCAUGGGUAAGGUACAGGAUGUGUGUGCCAGGAAACCAGGCUAUAAAUGAGGGCUGGAAUGAGAUUAUGAAGGGCCUUGUAUGCAUUGCCAAGCAGUCGUCUCCAAGUGGCGUUUAUAUUUAUUCUUUUUUAAGCUGAAAAAGAAAGUGAAAUUGAGCUUUAUUAAUAUUUAAUAUGUAGAUGACGCUGGUUAUCUCACUAAAUCUUAUAAGACCAUCCAUGCCAUAACACGUUUGGUUCACGAGGUGAUGUCCUGAGGGAAGAGUGGAAGCUUCACAAAGCAGAGGGGUUAGUAAUGGUGACCUUAUCAUACUGCAGCUUAUUACAGUUUACUUGAGCCUGGUUGAGUGGAUUUAUGUUACAUUAUAUGCUUUUAACUAAAUUAAUCUUCACAAAGUGGACAAGUAAUUUACAGAUUUGCGCAAAGAAACCAUGGAUUAAAGAUAAUUCUAACACUGCAAGUAAAUAAGAAAAAGGUAGAGCUCCCUUUCUACUCCUCAUGGGAGUUCUUUUUCACAUCUCAAGGUAAUAAUAUCUGUCAAGAAGUCAGCUGAAAAAAGUAAUAUUUUCAAGAAGACUAUUUGAAAUAUGGAUUUAUAUACUUUAUCAUUAAUAAUGAACUUCACCCUAAGAGUAUAUUGUACUUUGAGUUAUAUAGUAGCUAAUGAUAGAGUUACUUCAUUAGGUAUAUUUUAAUGUAUUUAUUUCAUCUUUAUCUCUUUGUUUUUUAUACGUUUCAUAAGAUAUAUGCAUUUAUAAAUAUUUAUAGAUUGAGUAUACACAGAAGUGCAUACUAAAAUUUUUACUGAUAGGUGUGUGCUGUCAAAAAGUUUCAGAGACCACGGCUAUAGGCAUGGGAGCCACCAGAGUGCCUUAAAUGAGGGUGUCAUGUUUUAGAAAGUUCAGCGUAGCAGAUAGAGUGUAGGAGCUCAAGACAUGAGAUAAGGGAGAGCAGUUAGGAGGCUCUUAUGAUACUAUAAAGACAGUGAGACUGGAUAGGACAGUUUAAAGCUGAAAAAUAUUAAGGAGAUAGAAACAACAGGACUAGACUAAAUGAUCAGUUUGUUUGGGGGCUGAGGGAGAGAGAAGUGGAGGAUAACUUUCAGAUUUCUGGCUUCAAAAACUGGGUAGACUGAAACCAAACUGAGUGGGGAAGGGGAGGAACUAGUGUUUUGGGUAAAGAUAGAAGUUUGGUUUUGGACAUGUUGAAUUUGAGUUGCUGAUGUGACGUCCUCAUGGAAAAGGCCAGUAGCAGGUUGAAAGUACAGGUCUGUAGUCAAGAGAGAUGUCAGAACUAAGAUGAAGAUUUAUGAGAUGUCAAGGUAGAGGUGGUAAUCGAAGCCAUGAGUGUAGAUGAAGUCAUCAAGAGAGAGUACAGAUUAAAAGAGAAGGAGAACCAAGAUGGAACCCCAACAUUUAUGGCAAGGCUCGAGGAAGAAGCGUCUGGAAAGGAAUGGUGGGAGCAGUAGGAGGAGAGUCUGGAGGAAAUGGUGCAGUGGAAGUCAGGGAGGCAAGAGUUUCAAGGAAGGGGAGGUGAUCAGCAUCUUCAGAUGCUACAGAAGCCAGGAAAGUUGAGAACUAAAAAGAGUACAUUGGAUCUGAUCAUUAGUGAACAAGAUUGUUGGAGUCCUCGGUAAGAUCAUUGUCAGUGGAGUGAUGGAAGCAGAAGGCAGUGAGUAGACUGCGCUUUAAAAAAGUUUCUCAGCAAAAUAAAAGAACAAUUGAAUGAAGCAUCCAAGGAAGAUUUUGUUUUUGUGGCUGUUUUUUUAUUUUAUUUUGUUUUGAAUGGGAAAGAAUUGGGUCCUAUUUGUACAGCAAGGAGAAAAGGCCAGCAGAGAGGAAGAGAGGUUGAAGAGACAGGAGAGAGGACGAAAACUGAUGCAAUCUGUUUUUUGAGCCAGGAAGUGACAUGAUGAGAACAGAAUUUUUGGUUGGCAGCAGUUGAUGCAGUGGAUUCAAGGCAGAGGAAAGACCAAAGUCAAGUUCAUCCGGGAAGUGACACCAUAUAUCAAGAAGCCAUCAUUAGUAUCAGAUCUGCCAUGGGAAGGCGCUGCUCCCCAGUCACCAAACUUUAGUGGCAGUGAGGACUCUGGUUCUCCAAAACACCAGAACAGCACCAAGGACAGGAAAGUCAUUCCUCUCAAAAUGUGCUUUGCUGCUAGAAACCUGAGCAUGCCAGAUCUGGAAAACAGAUUGAUAGAGCUACAUUCUCCUGAUAGCAGGAACACCUUGAUUCUGCGAUGCAAGGAUACAGCCACAGCACACUCCUGGUUCGUAGCUAUCCACACCAACAUAAUGGCUCUCCUCCCACAGGUGUUGGCAGAACUCAAUGCCAUGCUUGGUGCAGCCAGUACAGCAGGAGGCAGCAAGGAGGUCAAGCACAUUGCCUGGCUGGCAGAACAGGCAAAACUAGAUGGUGGAAGACAACAAUGGAGACCUGUCCUCAUGGCUGUGACUGAGAAGGAUUUGCUGCUUUAUGACUGCAUGCCGUGGACAAGGGAUGCCUGGGCAUCACCAUGUCAUAGCUACCCUCUUGUUGCCACAAGGUUGGUUCAUUCUGGCUCUGGAUGUCGAUCACCCCCACUUGGAUCUGACCUUACAUUUGCUACCAGGACGGGCUCUCGGCAAGGCAUUGAGAUGCAUCUGUUCAGGGUGGAGACACAUCGGGAUCUGUCAACCUGGACCAGGAUACUUGUUCAGGGUUGUCAUGCUGCUGCUGAGCUGAUCAAGGAAGUCUCCCUAGGCUGCACAUUAAAUAGCCAAGAGGUAAGACUCACUGUCCACUAUGAAAAUGGGUUCACUAUCUCCAGGGAAAAUGGAGGCUCCAGCAGCAUACUGUACCGCUACCCUUUUGAAAGGCUGAAAAUGUCUGCUGAUGAUGGCAUCAGAAAUCUGUAUUUGGAUUUUGGUGGUCCUGAGGGAGAACUGACCAUGGACCUACACUCUUGUCCGAAGCCGAUUGUAUUUGUGUUGCACACUUUCUUAUCAGCCAAAGUCACUCGCAUGGGACUGCUUGUGUGAGCAGCACAGAAUCAGAAAAGAGCCUUGAAUGUCUCAAGAAGUAUUUCCACCUCAAGAAAAAAAAAAAAAGCACAAAAAUGAAAGCUCUUUGCUCUCUCCUCCAGCACAGUGCCUUGACAAGGACCUGCAAAUCGCUGCUGAACCACAACCAUGUUUAAAGAAGAGCCUACCUUCCACAAGCUACCUUGACCAGACAUUCUAGGACCGCUAAUAAGCUCCAAAAGGAAGCUGUUGAUUUACGUUUUUAGUACCAUUAUGUGGUUUAUAAGUAAUUAGGUUUAUUUCCCCUGUUAAGAAGAGUGGCUCAUUACUUUUCUUUUUGGACAUAAUCAAAUAUCCAAGAGUUGUUUUCUUUUUUUUCUUCCUGUAGGAUUUGUUUUGGACAUAGCCUUGAUCUCUUGUUUAAGACAUCUAUCUAUUCCCAGGUAAUAGUCUGCAGUGGCUAGUUGCUUCCUGUUCAUUCCAGAUGGGUCAUAAUUUUAUUGGAGUUUACUAUCCUCACUUGUUCCUUUCACCUUGUGACGUCCUUGAGUGUGCAUCACCAGGGUGUUUUUCCAUGUCCUGGCUCUUGCUACAUCCCACUCUGGCCAUCACUUUCCACCUUAUCAUAAGCUGUGCCACUCAUAAGUCCUAAUGUUAGGACCUAGAACUUGCAAAAUUUUAUUUGCCUUGCCUUCUACUCCCUUUCUAGUGGUGACCAAAUUAAAAAGCAGGUUGGAAACCACUUCUUUGCCAGACAAGUUUUACUUGUUUUAGCCUCUUCUGAUUUUAUCUUAGGUAGGAGCCAGGAAAUGUUGUAAGGUUUAUUUUAAAAGAAAAUUAUCAUUUUAGCCUAAGCCAUUUUUUAUUGCUUACCAAAUGUGCCUUUGGUUAGGGAUAGUGGAGCUUUAUUAGUGACUAUUUGAAUAACUGGGUAUCACUGCCAUUCCAGGGACAUCAUCUAUCCUAGUUUUGAGGAAUUAAGUCUUUGAGGUAGGUUUCCUUAACUUUCUGUUCUAGUUGGCAAAUCCCUUUAAGGAAGACAAAUCCUGAAGAGCCAGCUUGUUUAAAGAGUAGACUUUGUGGGUGAAGCCAGCUCUUCAGCACAGACAUCAUGUUGAGUUGCUUUGGGCUGUGUGAACCCAUGUGGGUUCUUGUCCCUGGCCCUCUCCCUUUGUGGCAGCACAAUGGCAUAGACAAACAGCUGCUAAUUCAAGACUCAUUGUUGGCUCAGUAACACAUCCUACACUGCGCAAGGUGAUGAGACCAUAGAACAGCUACCUGGGUUUUAUUAAGCAUUACUAGAUGUCAUCAUUAGGACAUAGUAGCAGUUAAGAUUAUUGAUUUUGAAUUAUUAGAGAAUCACACUUUUUUUUUACUAAUUAUGAAGGAGGUAUAUAUCCGAAAAAUGUUUAAAAUAGUAUAAUGUCUAUAUAAAACUUCAAGAUUAGCACAGUUCUUGAACCUGAAAGAAAAGGUCAUCUGACUUGGAUGGUCUUUAUGCUCUCUGAAGGAAGGUCUAGGAGUAGUUCUCAUUUUCUAGAUAUAUCACAAGUGUCAGAAGAGGAUAUGAACACUGUGGAGGGUGGAAGAGGGUAGCACUUCAAAUAAGAAAAAAAAACCACACAACUCUAUAUGUAAAACUUGAGCUGUUUGAUUUGAGUGCAGACUGAUCACUAGGUGAAGCAUGAGAAAAUGCAGACCCAUGAGCAGAGAGUUCCAGUUAGUUCCAAUUCCAGAUGUAGUUGUAAUAACCCCAGUGUCUUCCCUUUGCACCUGUCAGUUGUGCUUCCCCAUGUACAGUGAGCGUAACAAUAUACAGAGGUUGGGGAGAGACAUCUCUUAUUCUCUCAGCUCCAUAUAAUUUUAGAAGGCACCAAAACGAUUUAUCUGGUUCACUUAAAAUUGCAGAAAUUAAAAUCUAGACUAGAAUAUGUUUGUCAAGAGCUUUUUAUAUUUUGGGAAUUCAUAAACCUAAUUUUGGUUCCAUCUGAGAUAAGUUUGCAAAUCAGGGAAGAAAAACAUGCCUUGAAGGUCUAGCUGUGGAUUUCUUGAAGCAGGAUUUCAACACAUAAUACUUUCAGAUAAGGGAGUUUAGCCACUCUUCUCAGUGAGAAUAUCAUUAAUAUGAGAAGUUUAACCAUGCAGUCACAGACAUCAGCAGCAGAGCCAUUAGGUUGAGAUUUUCUGUGUUGUUAUGAAAGGCUAAGCCACCGAGAAAAUUUGUGGGAGGAACUUCUGGAGCCACCCUGCUCACUAGUUUCAUGAAAAAGAUCUAUUAAAAAAGCUGUGAUUAAAAUGUGGGCAGGAGAAACAAGGCAUGUAUAUAUUUCUGCUCAUUUUGCUCAAGCUUAAACUGUCAUGUUUAACCAAGGGCCAUAGGGUUUUUAAUAUCUUUCAUAUCUUUUGAAUCUUGAUAUGAAGUGAAAGUAUAUGGAAGUGUUUGCUUUGUCCACUAGCAACCCCAGGAGUAAGAGCCCUUAAGCUGCUUGUUUUUACAUACUUUUAAUAGCUUUCUAAUCAUGGAUGACCAGGUUGUUCUUCAAUUAAGUUGUGUUUAUGGGAUUUUCAAACCACAAAUGAAGUGCUUUUUAUGAAUGGGACAGCCUGGAUAAGUAUGUAUUUUGUAUUUAGAUGCCAAAAUAUGGCAAAUUAUUUUCAAAUGAAAACUAAAAAUUGUCAUUUUUUAUAUACCACCUCUUUUAUAGAACUAGCUAACUUUAAAUUUAUUUUUCAUUUUGAAUUACGAAAAUUUUUGAGGAUGUUGUGGGCUUUCCGUGUGUUGAGUGGAAAGAAAAUUGCCGAGUAGUAUUCCUUCAUUCAGAUGGACCACUUCCUGUGCCCGCUGAGAUCUGGGGCCUAGACAUCUUCUCCUUAUUCCACACAGAUGCCUAUAAGCAGCCGAUUGGUAUGUGAAAAUUCUUCCUCCUGUUUCCCUAAAACUUCUCUUCAUCUUUCCAUAAAAAAAAAAGGAAAGGAAACUUAGAAAGGAAAAGUUCAGUUUUUCUUUUUCUGAAAAAGGUAAGUCUUUCCUCAAAAGCCAUCAAAUGAACCUUACCUGGAAACUAGCAUCUAAUAUUUUAUAUGAAGAAAUACUUUAAAGUAUGUUUAUACAGUAUUUAUUAGAUAGUUGUAACUGUAAACUCACCUACCUAGUAGGCAGAGUUUCAGGUUAAACAUUGGUACAUGUACAGGCAAUCAAAAAUAAUACUUUCAAUGUCAUUCACCUAUUUGAAAGUCAUGGUUUAGCACUUCUUAGGCCAGGUAAAGUCUGAUAGUGCCUGUUUCUGUCAUCCGUACUUUUGCAAACUUUGUUGCUGAAAGUUACUGCAUGGUAGGAGAGAUACUGACUUAUUUAUUUCUUAUAUUUUUAUAAGUGAAAAAAAUCUCUAACAAAUGGCUAAAGUUGUUUCUGAUUGUUUUCUUAACUUAUCCUCCUAAGCAGAAUGAUAACAAAACUUUUUUCAGCUGAUUAAAUUCACUUAGCUAAGCCAAAAUUUAUUCUUAAAAAAAUUAAGCUGUGUGGAAUCUGGACAAGAUUAUGUUUCUCCCAGAAAAACAGGUUUCACUGUAAAUGGGUUUGAUUGACAAGAAGUGUGACCACUUUUGAGAAAAGGUUAUGAUGGAUUUUUAAAAUUCCACGAGAACUUCCAGGUCUUCUUGUUUAAUUUAUAUGCAUGUGGUUAUAUUUGUAUAUUUUCAAAAACAUGGAAGAAUCUCUGUCCAUAUUUUUUAAUGCAAAUUACCUUGUAAGCUGCUAUGCAAAUUCUCUUAAAAGCCCUACCUGCUUGAAGAGUUAAAUAUUUUUAAAGCUUUCAGGGAAGACCUGUAGACUUAAGCACUUUCUCUACUUUUUGUAUCUUAUCUUGGACACUUAUGCUGAGUUAUGUUCUUAUUAUUUUCACUGGUUAUAAGCUGUUGAUUGUACAUAAUAUUUAAACUAUCCAAAAUAGCCAGCAUACAUUUCCAUGUCGCUGCCAUCGGUGAUUGAGGCUACAAUUGAAGUGGCUGGUUAGAAAGCCAAAGGUCUUCUUUUUUCGAUCCUUAAUGAAGAAGUAAAAUGCCAGAUCUACUUAGUCCCAAAGCAAAUUGCUCUGGUAAGAUUUCAGUGCCUAUAUAAUGAGAAGAGACUUAUUUAAUUUGGGGAUUCUGCUUAGACUUUAAGUUGAAUUUGACUAUACUCAUAGUCAUUCUUUUUAUAUGUCUAUCAGAUAUGAUAUUAUGUGCCAGGUGGUAUUAUAUUUGACCUUGAAUUUGGAGAUCUCUUUCCAUUAAACUUGAAUUGUUAUUGUGGCUUUUUUUUUUUUUUUUCCCCCUCCUGAAGAUGAAAGUAGAGGAAUCAGCCGUCUUCUUUUACUUUCUCUCUGCCCUUAUUUUAAUUGUGUGGUAAUCUAGAAUUAUUUUGACUUUUCCCAUACAGUCUUUAAAAAAGAACAGCAGCAGACUGCUUUUUUUUUUAAUCUUUCAUUGUGCUGGCUAUAUAGACAGUAAAUGUUUGAUGAUAGUUCUAAAAUAGUUAUGCUGUAUAACAGAAUUAUGUAUUUUUGAGCAGUGUAGGAAUUCCUAUGCCAUAAUGAUUGAAGUGAAAUUUAUUUUAAACUAGUAACAGACUGCUUAAGUGGCUGAUUUAAAAUUUUUUCUCUAAAAAAAAAAAAAGUGGCAGAUCAGUGAUAUAAGUCUGUUCUAUUAAAGGAUAGAAUUUCAAGUUAAGGUAAGGUACAAUAAAUAGGCACAUAGAAUACAUCUGUUUUCUUGUCUCUUUUUGACACUAGUUAAGCUGCCAACUGGAAGAAUGGUUGUUAUGUAUUAACUUGAAAGACUAUUGUAACAAGAUACUGUAUUUUCUUCUGUUUCUAAAUUGAUAAACUUGAGCUUAAUUGCUUGCCACCUCUUCUUUCCCACUUUGGAUCACUGAACUGAAGCAUAUUCUAAUUUUAAAAGUGAAUCUAUAUUUGAUGCAGUGCGUAAAUAUACCUUUUGCAGAUGAGUGCUUGCUCUCCAAUGAACAUUUGAUUAUAUGCAACAAAAUCUACCAUAUGAACAUUAAUCCUUGAAUUGCCCCAAAAUAAAUUGGUUAAAACUAGAACGCUAUAAUAGAGAAACGAUACUUCAUUAUAUUGCAAGAUUCGGUAUCCUAGUAGAUUUCUAUUUUCUGAGUCCUCUAAGUACCUUUCUCAGUUUUGCAGUAAUCUUACCUCCAUGUCAUUGACAUAAAUGCUUGUUUAGUUUUUGAGUCCCUCUUAUCCAAGUCACAUAUAUAUACGCUUGGAAACUGAUUGAUCUAUCACCUCUUCCAAAGUGAUAGAAAUCUAUUUUGAAUAGACAAAAGGUUCUUUGGGGACUUGAAGAAAUAUUAAAACUGCAAGUCUAAUUAAUGGCAUUAAUUUAUGUAUUCUUUCAUUUAAUAAGAAGUAAUGUACAGUUCUGCACCAGGCACUCUGAAGGAUCCAAAAGAAAGUUCUUGCCCUCAAGUAGCAUAUAAUCCAUUAUUUGAUAAUCGUGGCAUGCCAUUCAUUUAUCAAUCAGUGAUUAAGUAAUUAGCCACUUUGUAUUUUUACCAAAGUAUGUCUGCAGUUCUGUUUAUCUGGACCUGGCAAACUGGAAAGUGUUUAAAGGGAUGCUGAGACUUUGAUCCAUGCCAAGCACUUUAGUUUGGGAAGGAAAGUAUUGUUAGUAAGAUAAAUCACAACAACAAAAAUUAAGCUCUUGCCCAAAGUGGAUCAUUGGGAAAGUCUUUUUUUUUUUUUUACAAAAUGCUCCACUAAACAGCAAAGCUAAGUGUAUAUUUCAGCUAUCCCCUAUUUAGAAAUUGACCCAUUCAUUUCCACACUAAUGUCCUUUAAACAUCUCAUGUGCUAAAAGUUCUUACACGUGGUAGAUAGAAUGUUUCUCCAUUAAUGAUAGAUCAAAGUGAAAAUCUUUUAAAACUUAGCAAAAUCCCACUUAUUCUAGAAUACUCUGGCAUUCAAAUUCAGUAGAAAAGACACCUAAA